CGCUGCGCACGAAAUCAGAGGAAAUCCAAGGAACGGCUCCACUACGUCAUAUACAUUCCUACCCUAUGCACGCUUCUAUAAGAUUCGCCGAAAUGGCUGAUGAUGCCAGGAACCAGUCGAUGAGAUCGGGGAAAACAUGAAACUCCACCUCACAAGCACUACUUACUCCAAGUGAAUACUACUAGUCUAAUCGAUCGAUAGGGGAUCCAAUACCAUCAUUUAAAUGUAUAUCUACUAUACAGCCGAAGAAUAAUGGAGUCUCGCGGCAGCUCGGAAGGAGGACGGGAAGGUGGUCCUCGAAAAUAUGCCUACAAUCGCGAGGGCGCCCGGGAGAGAGAGAUGCACCUCUAUCUUCCAUAUUGGGGAUUUUCUGAUUCUGAGAAAUAUGCCCAGCAAUCCAUUGGAAACCAUCCGAAUCUCUCACGCGAUAAUGUGCUCACUGUCUUUGCGCAACUCGCGACGCUGCGAAUGAACGCCCAGCGAGCCUUAAUAUCGCUCUUUGAUAAGACCACACAGCACAUUGUCGCCGAAGCGACUCCAAGACUCCACCUGCGAGGUGCCGAAUGCGAUGAGCCAUCAGAUAGCCUGUGGUUGGGGGUUCGUCGUCUCCCACGUCGGGAGAUCACCAUGUGCUACCAUGCGGUAAACUCAUUUAUCGAGGACGGCCGGGACAUGUUCGUUGCCACGGAUCUGACACACGACGGGCGUUUCAAGAAUCACCCCUCUGUUACGGGGUAUCCGUAUAACAGAUUCUACGUAUCGGUGCCGAUUCAGUCCCCAGAUACAUACGUCAUUGGGAGUGUGGCCGUACUCGACGACAGCCCGAGGGACGGGGUCACCGACGAACAGGCCCGCUUCUUAAAGGACCUCUCCGCAUCAGUCAUGGAUCAUUUACUAUCGCAAAGAGCCAUGCGGGAGGAGUACCGCGAGGAAAAGAUGGUCAGGGCGUUAGGAUUGUUUGUAAGAGGUAAGUCGAACCUGAGCGAAUGGUUCAACAGCCGUGAUCCGUCAGAAAGAAAGUACGGACCACAGCUCGCACAUGUAAACAAGCAACUGGAGCGUCUGCAGGUAUCGGGCACAGGUAGCGAAGAGCAGGAGGCCCAGGAAAACCAGACGCCUCAGGCUGCAAGGACAGACAAAGAGGCUAGACACAAGAAUGUACAUCUAUCCCCCGUUCAGAAAUUUGACAAUCAGGAAAGUAAGGAGGUUCAGAGUGAGAAUGAAGUAGAGAAGGGGAAGAACAAAAAGCAUCGACCGAAGCUUUCCCCCACAACCAGCCAACUCCAAGAAACACUAGCCCCGUCUAGCGUCCGGUCAGUGGUCAAUCGAGCCGCCUCUUUGAUCUACCAGGCACUAGAUGUUGAGGGUGCAAUGUUCAUCGAUGCAAGCGUUUAUGCUCGUCGACAGGCAGUGGGAUCUACUGCAACUGGACAUGACAGCCCCCAAGCAUACAACAUCGAAAACCAGUUAGAUGCAGAUAGCGUCCCUUCCGCAUCAGGUCCAGAGUCGGGUUUAGAACCCCGCACCUCGGAGGACAAGGAGCCUAAAAGUCUCGUACUGGGCCAUUUUACUUCCUCCACGUCCGACCAGGCUGACAAUCUGAAGGACAGCCAUUACGUAUCGCUCUCCGGUGCUUUCAUCAGCCAUCUCAUCGAUCAGUAUCCCCGAGGAAAGAUCUUCCAUAUUGAGGAAGACGGCUCUAUCGCCUUGAGCUAUGAGGGACUAGCAGAUGAAAUGAGCUACUCGGAAAGCGGUGCGCGCGGGGCCAUGACGACCGAUCCCGAGAAAAAAGACGUCCAACAGGAGACCAUGGAUAUCAAACAGUUGAUGAAGGUUCUUCCUGAUGCACGAUGUAUUGCUAUAUACCCUGUUUGGGACUUCCAGCGAGGCCGCUGGUUCACUGUAUGCUUGACCUGGAGCGAUGACCCGGGCAGAGUGUUGUCGGAACCGAAGGACCUGACAUAUAUGGCAGCGUUUAGCAAUACGGUCAUGGCAGAGGUAUCACGGUUGGACUUGGAGGCGGCGGACCGAGCGAAAGGUGACUUUAUUUCAUCUAUAUCUCAUGAGCUGCGAUCGCCUCUCCAUGGUUUACUUGGGACCGUGGAUCUACUCCAAAAGUUGGUGAACAGCUAUGCCCAGCGAUCCUUAAUCGAAACGGUAUACAGUUGUGGUCGGACGCUGUUAGAUACCUUAAACCAUCUGCUGGACUACGCCAAAAUAAAUACGCUUACCCGCCCAAGCCUUUCGGGCAGGCCUGGUGGGCAAAAUAAAACUGACGUCUCCAAACCUCAGACGGCAGUCCCUGGUUCUUUGCAAGAUGAAGAUCUGAGCGUGUUGGUGCAGGAGGUAAUUGAGGGUCUUCUUGCCGGGGCAGAGUAUCAGCGCCGCGGCCCAAAUGCUCUUGGCGAAGCCAUCACAACUGAUACCAAGGAUCCAAAAUCCCAGCUUAUGACUAUUGUGGAUAUCGUAUGGCAGGACAGCUGGAAAUUCAGCAUCUAUGCCGGUGCUUGGCGUAGAGUCGUCAUGAAUCUCUUUGGCAAUGCCCUGAAGUACACGAAAACAGGGUACAUUCGGUUAUUCAUGAGGAGAGACACAUUAAUAUUGGACGGCAAGAAUCCCACGCCAGCCGUUCACAUGACCAUCAGCGACUCUGGGCGUGGCAUGUCUCAAGACUUUCUUACGAACCAUCUUUACAGUGCUUUCCUCCAGGAGGACACUACCUCUCCUGGCCUGGGAGUGGGCCUCCACCUAGUGCAUCAAAUAGUUAAGUCUCUGAAUGGCCAGAUCAAGUUCUCUAGUGAAGUUAAUCGGGGGACAAGUGUAGAUGUUAUCUUGCCCGUGACGAUGCCGGACCAGGCGCAUCUAGACUCACCUGGCGACUAUCCUGCGCUAAGAGAUAAGCUGAGUGGUAUGACAGUUUCAUUAUUCACGAGAAGCUCACAACUCGGUGACCUUGGCUUUGACCCCAAGGUCUUUGGUGAUAUUUUAUCUAGCUUAGGGCGUAUGAUUUCAGGUUGGUUUGGAUUACGUGUUUUGACUCGAGAUGAACUUACCCGUACACGUCCGGACUUCGCAAUUGUCACGGAGCAUGAAUACCGCAACUAUUAUCGACAAGGCUCGAAUGAGCCAGAGACAGAUAGCUCGGAAAUCCAACCGUCGUUUCCGCUAAUUGUACUUGGUGCUCGGACGAGUAGCUGGAAGACAUUGGAGGAGAGCGUUGACGAAUCAGUCAUCUUUCUUACACAGCCUGUGAGUCCCAAAACUCUCUCAACGGCAUUUGAACACUGCCUGGGUCAGUCUGAUCGUUCUGGAAGGGCAACGCCGACGUUGUGCGACGGGGCCCUGACGUAUGAUAAAAACCUGGAAAACAAAUGCAAUGGUCAUACAGAUGGAUCAUUGGAACAAUACGAUAUUGACGGCCCUGUGAAUAGUGAAGGUGAACAUCAGUCCUCAAACACCGAAGAGCCUGAUGGCGAGACAAGGUCAAAAAACCUUCUUCUGGUGGAAGAUAACCAAGUCAAUCUCAAGAUCAUUGAAAUGUGUGCCAAGAGCGCCGGGUUUACGUACCAGACGGCAAGCAAUGGUCUUGAAGCCGUGGAAAAAUUCAAGGCUGGCCGUUUUGACACGGUCGUGAUGGACAUUUCCAUGCCUAUAAUGGACGGAUUGACGGCUACCCGGAAAAUACGGCAUUACGAGCACGUCAAAAAGCUGCCGCCGGCCGCCAUCAUUAUUCUGACAGCUGUCCUGUCGGCCUCCAUGCAGCAUGAAACUAUAAUGAGUGGCGCGAAUAUGUUUCUGACUAAGCCGACGCCACUCAAGCAAUUGAAAGAGAUACUUCGAAACAUAUCUGACGGGAAGGAAAUGCCUGAAGAACUGGGAUCAUGACUGACGAUAUACAUGUAUGUAUGAAUAUCACGAUAGACUUUUGCAUAAAUGGAG